AUGGCUCCAGAAGCUAAAGGCGCAAAAGAGUCUGCCAAGUCGUCCAAAAAGGACACCAAGGGUGGCACCAUUAAACUAAAGAAGCAGGCACCCAAACACAACAAGCCCGGCAACUGGCGUGACGGUAGCGUCGUCGAAGACGAAAAGAAGAAAAUCGUCAGCUCACCCUCGGCUUCUAUCGCCUCUCCCGGGCCCGUCGUCAACCAGCUCGACGACAAUGCGCGGGAGGCCUUUGCGACCGGCCGGCCCCUCGAAGACUCGCCCGACCUGCAGCAGUGUAAGCACUGCAAAAAGAGCAUCCUGAAGACAGCGACCAAGGCGCAUAUCGCGGCAUGCCUCAAAUUGAAGAAGGAAAAGGCGCAGCGCAAGAAAGAGGCGAGGGAAGCCCGCGAGCGAGCAAAGGAGGCCGCACGCGAGGAAGAGGCGCGCAAGGCCGAGGACAAGGACGACGAGGAGAGCGAUGACGAUGAUGAUAAAAAGGGUGGCAAGCGCGCCGGGAAGAAACCCGAGGAUAGCAAGGGCAAGAAGCGCAAGGCCGAUGGCGAGCCGGAAAAGGCGCCCAAGGCCAAGAAGAAGAAGGAUGAGCCGAAGGCCAAAGUGCCCAAACCAAAGGGCCCUGUCGAUGUUGAACGACAAUGUGGUGUCAUUCUCCCCAACGGGCAACCAUGCGCGCGCUCGCUUACCUGCAAAAGUCACUCGAUGGGUGCCAAGCGUGCGGUCUCAGGCCGUUCGCUACCUUACGACAUGCUCCUUGCGGCUUACCAAAAGAAGAAUCAAGCUAAGCAACAGAAGGCUGCUCUGGAUGCCAACGCCCCUGUCCCGGACGAAGACGAAGAGAACCAAGGCCCCGUCGACUCGGACGAGGAAAGUGGCGCUGUCAUGGCGGCCCUCAGCAGCUGGAAGCCCAAGCCCCUCGUGCCGCAACCCUUUUUCACCCCUAUCAAGCGCCAGUACCAGCUUGCGCGUCUCCACGAGCAGCUACAGAUGGCCACUAACGGCGGCCGCACCAAUAUCUUCCAGGUUGUUGGUUACGGCGCGCAGAAACUGCCCGAGGGCCAUCCGGGGUUGGAGGACGGCGACGCGGAGGGGGAGGAUGUGGGCGCGCUAAGCUUUCCCACGUCGGCACGGUCAGGGUCGUUUGCGAUCCCGGCGACGCCUUCGAGACCGGCAUCGGCAGUGGCAAGGGGCUGA